AUGUCGGACUCUGUGGAUCGAGUCUUCGUCCAUGCCCUCCACACCGUCAAGCGUAUUCCCCGUACCGGCACCGCGAGGCCGCCCGCUACGGAACGGCUCAAACUCUAUGGACUCUACAAACAGAGCAUGGAGGGGGACGUCGAAGGGGUAAUGGACCGGCCGGUGGGAAAUACGGCGGAUGUUUAUAUGGAAUGCGAGAAGUGGGACGCCUGGUUUUCUCAACGGGGUCUUUCCCGCACCGAGGCCAAACGACGAUAUAUCACGACACUUGUCGAAACGAUGCACACCUACGCUUCGCAGACGGCGGAGGCGCGCGAGCUCGUCGCCGAACUUGAGUUUGUCUGGGAUCAGGUUAAGUCGAAUAUAUCUUCGUCGUCCACUUCGAGCCCUGUACAGUCUACCGGGUUUCCUCCGAUUCCGCAACCGCAAUCGCCGUAUGGGAGUAUAAGCGCGCAACUGGCGCAGAAUCCAGAGUAUCAGUAUACGGAAUCCGCCUCCCGAGGAGAUUCCAGACUUCGUGUAUUAAGUCCCGUUAGUCAGCCCGAUGACGUCUACCAACGGCGUGCGGCGCGGAUGAACUACGAUCGCGAACGAGGGCUGGACCAAGCAGUUGACGAUGAAGGCAACAACCUAGAGGAGGAUGAAGACGAGGAAGAAUACGCUGAGGCUCAGGCCAAUCUUUACGAAAGUGAUGAGGAAGUGGAAGCUGAAUUGGACGGCCUCAUCGAUGAAGACGACGAUAAUCAACAACCAUACACAGGUCGCAUCCUAGAUGACCCUCAAAGUCGGAAACGCAAUCGCAACCGCAACCCCAACGGUAAAGACCACCAUCUAAACCCAACGAACGAAUUCCCCCGUCCAGGAGGCAUGCUAAUGCAACAGAAUAAAGACGACAUUGACAGCCGGCGAUGGCGCCGCAGAGUCGAGCAGGCCUUGACUAAAAUGACCGCCGAGAUCGCCGCUGCCCGCGAGCAAAUGGAAGCACGUGCCUUAGCAGCCCGUCGGAGGUCAGGCGUCUGGGCCUGGCUUCGAUGGCUGGUCUGGGUAACCCUUCGACAGAUUAUCUGGGACUUGGCUAUCCUGGGAAUGUUAUUGAUCUGGAUGCGGUUACGUCGGGACCGGCGGCUCGAGGAGCAGCUCAAAGCUGGAUGGUCAGUCGUGAAGGCGCGUUUGAUAGGGCUGAGGGCCUUGAGGGGUGUAAGGAAAGUAUAUAUAUCUCCUUGA